AUGUUGACGUUCCGUUUUUUCACGGCCGUCGCGGCCCUAUCUACGACCAUCACCGAGAUCCUCGCGGCCACAGUUACCAUCAAGAAUGGAACGGUAGUGGGCAGGUACGUCGCAUCCUACAAGCAGGACCAUUUCUUGGGCAUUCCAUAUGCUCAACCACCACUUGGCCAUCUCCGCUUCAACCUCCCCCAGCCCAUCAACAAGACUUGGGAUGGGACUCUCAACGCAACGGAAUACGGACCGAUGUGCUCCCAAUAUCUAUUUCCCGUUGUUUUGGACCCCCCGAACUACCUCACCUCGUACACCCACAGUGAAGACUGUCUGACCAUCAAUGUUGUGCGGCCGUCGAAUGUGACGGAGGAGUCCAGAGUUCCUGUGAUGGGAGGCUCAUCGGACGGCCGCUACAACAUGUCCUACAUGCUCCAGGACUCCGUCAACAUGGGCCAACCAGCCAUCAUGGUCAGCAUGAACUAUCGUCUCAAAGGCUGGGGAUUUCUGGCCGGAGAUAAGGUCCGAGGACAAGGUCUCAACAACAUCGGACUCCAUGAUCAGAGACUCGCGCUGCAAUGGAUCCAAGAGAAUAUUGCAGCCUUUGGCGGUGAUGCGUCUCGGGUCACGCUAUACGGCGAGUCUGCUGGUGCCAUUUCUAUAGGCCACCACCUGCUGGCUUAUGGAGGUCGUGAUGAGAAACUGUUCUCUGCUGCUAUCUGUCAAAGCGGAGGACCUUGGUUCUUUGGUAAUUACCACAGUAGCGAAGUCGGGGAGGCCAACUACCAGGCCGUCUUGAAUGCCACCAACUGCACAACGUCGCAGGAUGAACUUGCAUGUCUCCGCGCAGCACCAUUCGAGGUUCUCAACUCAACCUUCUCCCAGCUCGCGUUUCUGCCCGUCGUCGAUGGAGGGCUGAUCCCGACGUACAACUCAGUCGCCCUCGGAAAGGGCAACUUCGUCAAGGUCCCCCUCAUCAUCGGUACCAACACCGACGAAGGCAAGCUGUUCACCUCGCCUAGUAUCAACACCACGGAGGACUUUAGAAACGUGCUCCAAAGUCCUCCGACCGGCAUUUACACCACCACCCCGGCGACCGUGGAUACUCUUGUGGCCCUGUAUCCGUACCCCGGAUCCAGUUCCUUGCACGGCCAGUCAGACGAUACCAUCACCCCUCCGGGAUAUGGUGCCCAAUUCAAUCGUGCGAGUAGAUGGAAUGGCGAUGCCCAGUUUGUUGCUGGCCGCCGCUACACCUGCGAGCUCUGGGCCCAGCACGGAAUUCCAUGCUACAGCUACCGAUUCAACGCAAUUCCUGCCGGUGUUGACCCCCUCAAGAAGGGAGCCACACAUUUCGAGGAGGUCGCAUUCGUUUUCAACAAUGUGCUCGGCACCGGAAUGGUUUCCAGCCCCUUUCCGGUAGAGCCAGCUUCGCGCGCACUGUCGUACCGGGCGCUGGGGGAGCUCAUGAGUCGAAUGUGGAUGAGCUUUGCUGCCACGCACUCCCCCAACAACCACAAAUUAUCGUCUUUCAAUGCGACUUGGCCGAUGUACUCUCUUGACGCCCCAGCGAACAUAGUUUUUGAGGGCAGCACGACAAGCUUUAUCGAAAAGGAUGACUACCGCAGCGAGGCCCUGAAGUUCAUCAUUGAUAGCGCGCUGGAUUUUUCUCGUUAA